AAAAGCUAACAUUUGACAUUGAAAGUAAGAAUAAAAAUUCAUUAAAAGAUUUUUUUAAAUGAGCCUAUUAAGUCGCUUUACAGUCAUUAUUAAGGACAGUUGCAAAUAUUCAUUGUUGUAAGUAACUUAAAAGUUUGUGUAUUUGACAGGGGAAAUGUAAAAAAAAAAAUAGGUCACUGUAUUAAAUAGUAAUAUAGACACGUGGGCGGAAGUGGGCUACGUCAUCAAAACAGUGAGGCAGGAGGAGGAAAAGAAGCCCCGUCCGUGGAUGUGACACGCUUACAAAUACAUAGAAAACAACUCCGCGAGCAGCAGGAAAGCAUGAUCCGUCUCUCACGCCGUGCUUAACCCGCUCGACACGUCGGAGCUUUGUGUAUUUUCUCCCCUUCUUUCUCGUGUCCUCGGAGGCAGCAGCAGCACCAUGGUGGAACAGUCGGACCGAGCCCCGCUCCUGGACUGGGAGGAGAUCCCACCGCCCGAUCCGAACCAGGCGGCUCAACCUACGCCUCAGCCGCCGCGAGAAGAAGACUCCGCGGCGGAGAAAAGUGCGCCGACAGACACUGCGGCUGGUACUGGGUGGAGCAGCAGCACCACCAUCGACGCCACCACCAUCAUCAUCCCCCCCGGUCCGACACGCAAUGUGACAGCUGCUGUUGUUGUCAAAGGGGACGGAAGCCCGGGCCGAACCGAACUGUCCGGGCACGGCUGGGAUCGCCCGCAGCCUCUCGGUACAGACCGUAACGCCCCUUUCCCCGGCCUCUCAGUGAAGGAUCAGUGGGAGGAAAAAGACCAGAUAGUGGCCGUGUUUGUGGUUACCUUUGAUACAAGAUCAGGGAAUAUGAUAGAGUGGUGCCUGCCUCAUGACAUCAACUUGGAUGGUGUUGAAUUCAAGUCAAUGGCCAGCGGUUCUCAUCGGAUCACCAGCGACUUCAUAUAUUUCCGUAAGGGUGGCUACUUCGGUCUGGCAUGUUUUGCGAACAUGCCCGUGGAGAGUGAGCUGGAACGAGGAGCGAGAAUGAAGUCUGUGGGAAUUCUGUCUCCAUCCUACACUCUGCUCUACCGUUACAUGCACUUCCUGGAGAACCAAGUCAGACACCAGUUGCAGUGUCCUGGCCAGUAUUCUCCACUAGAGGCCUUCUAUGAGGAUAAGAAGGCCAUUCUUCCCCCUACAGGAAACGGACUAGUCACCGCCUGCCCGACCUGGAGUGUUACUAAUAUAAGCCGCUGCAUGCACCCUGAAAUGAAGAUCACCCACCCGGCUGGCUGCAUGUCCCAGUUCAUCCAGUUUUUCGGGGAGCAAAUAAUGGUGCUGUGGAAGUUCGCGCUGCUUCGGAAGCGCAUACUCAUCUUCUCGCCUCCACCUGUAGGAGUUGUCUGCUACAGGGUGUAUUGCUGUUGCUGCCUGGCCAACGUUUCAUUACCUGGCAUUGGAGUUUCUGUGCCUGAAUUACGGCCUUUCUUCUACAUCAACAUAGCCGACAUCUCUGCCCUGGAAACAGAGCUGUCAUACGUGGCCUGCACCACGGAGAAGAUCUUUGAGGAGAAAAAGGAGCUGUAUGACGUCUAUAUCGAUAACCAGAAUGUGAAAACUCACAGGAGCCAUUUGCAGCAGCUGCUCAGGCUGACCGCAGCAGACAAGGAGAAAUACAGGAAGCUGACUGAGCAGAGGCAACUGCUGCUGUACUCUCAGGAGGUGGGUGAAGACUGCACAUCAAAUGAAGAGGAUCUUUUCAUCCUGUUCUUUAUGGAGCUUAAUAACCGCAUCUUCCAGACCCUGUCAGAGGUAGCAGGAAGCGCCGACCCCACUCUCACCGGUGAGCACGUGAGGGCCAUGGGGCUGGAUCCCCAGGGAGAUCGAGCCUUCCUUGCCGACCUGCUGGAGGUUUAUGGUUUCGAUGUAACGCUGGUCAUAGACAACCUCUGCUGCCCCUGAACCCCAUUCAACCCGGGAAACUCGGAAGCCUGGAUUAUAUGUGCCUACUAGGGUCACAAAUACAAGACUCUGAAGACACUGCCUCCAUCCUGGGACUUCAUCUGCUCUCUUCUCUUCUGUGUGUGUGUCUCAUCUUAACCUGAGGAGACUGUUUCCAACCACUGUGGAAGAAAAGGACACCUAACAUUGUGCACUUCCUCACAGUGGGUGAUAAACACCAAUACUGCUGAGCAGACUUGUGGCCAUUAACAUCUUCUGCGAGUCACUCCUUGCUGUUUUUGUCUGAACCAGUUUUCUUGUGUGCACACUUGUUUGACUUUGAUUAAGUGACCAGGACUGAAGCACUGGAUGAAAAUGUAAACUGUCUGAUGAUUGCACCUGCUACUGUAGUGAAGUCACCGGCACUUUGACGUCCACUUGUGGUUUGUCUAAAAAAUGGAUUUAAGGUUCCUCGAAAUGAAUUUGUGCACUUCAGAUAUCUUUCCUGGGGAAUCACACAGACCUCAGAAUAACAGCUGUAAUUCUGUUCUUAUGUUUUGUUUUUUUGUCUGACUAUUCCUGAAAUGGUUGAGGGGGGGGAAAAAAAGCUUUUGGACCACGUUAAUUGCCUUUGAAAAAGGAAGCAAUAUGAAUCUGAGUGAUAAGGGAAAAGCUGUUCUAAGGACCUUGCUCACCUCCAUGCACCUUAAACAAUAUUUAGAUAUCACAGAGUGCAGGAGAUCGACGCAUUCUGGAAACCUUUUACAUUGUUGUACGUCGAAGCUUCUCAUUUGUCAUAAUCGGUGGAAGACUUUUCAAUGAAUGUGUAACUCUUAUUGUGAAUGCUGCACCACGUCCGCCACGGGACUGUUUCCCGAUACACACAGUCACGCUUAAAUUGAACUUUUUAUAUGCUGUUUUUAUGAUUUACAGUCUGAGCCAUCUAGUUGUUCCAGAGCGGGAGCACCUGUAAAUGAGCCGUCACAUUUUCUUUUUCAAACUACUGCAGAGCCUUGUUCAUGAGCAGAAGUUCAUAUGUCUCUUAGAAUUCUGCUAACUAAAGCGUAAUCGAUGAAGCUGUUUGUUGAUCAGCUCCUGUUCAGAUGUGUUCAUGACAAAGAUCUCUUUGUGUGCGUUUAAAAAAAACCCUGUAACGUCCUGAGCCGAGCAGAAGCUUUAACUCCUCUGUGGGCAAAUUCACGGAAAGGACUCGGUCUGUUCCGUCUGUUUUUCUCAGUCCUUUCAUCAGUGAACCCAGCUUUAGAAAUGGGCCAACUGUGUCUUUUGAAUACUGCUGGCAGAGUGCUUUUAUUUCAGCCACCCCUUUGCCAACCACGGUGAUAAUUUGUUCCAUGUUGGAACACAUAAGUCUGACGUUUGCCUUGUAUAAAAUUGAAGAAGUGGUUUUAACUUUCUCUCUGGCGUACUCCACCCCAAGCAUAUUUUUUCUGGCUUUGUUAAGAAAAUAAAAUGCACUAAGUGUUGUAUAUUUAAGAAAAGGGUAGUAAAGGAGACCUAUUCUGCAUUUCCUUAGUGGCUCAUAUACGCUCAUACUAAACAUGGCCAAAGUUUCAAAUAACGAGGUCUGGGAAGCAGAUUCUCUGAACAGUCAUUUUUCACAGUGUUAUAUAUUUAAGAUGUUGCUUCUGUGUAGAUGAGAAGCCCCACCUCCUGUUCGUGAGGGGCAGCCAAUCAGAAAGGAAGAGAAACUAAAACGUCAAAGAUCUGCACCACAGCCAAGUAUUUAAGACAAAUAAGGAUUAUUUUGAACUCUGAGUGAUGCAAAGCAACUCUAGUAGUAUCCAUUCAAAAACAUGACCUGGAAAUGAGCAUCGUAGGUCCCCUUUAAGCCCUGUUUUUUGAAUGGGGCCUUAUCAUAAUGUGACGUUUUUCAACUUACAAGAGCAAGGUGACUGAUUUCUCUGAAAACAUUACGUACACUGUCAUGAGAACUUCAGAAUGACCUUAGCUUUUCCACGAUUGACUACCUAGUCUGUUCACUUAUCAGCUGAUAUAUCAUCUUUCCUCUGACAGCGUUUGUUUUCCAGAUGUAUGUUUAAUGUUUAAAAGAAAAAAAGGGAAUGUGCACAACACAAACCACUGUAUAAAAUGCCUUCUUUGUGGAACUGUUCACAGAUGUGUACCAGCAUUAGCUAAAUGAUUCGUUUGUACAGCCUUCUCACAUUACUGAAUGUCACAGACGGCAAAAGUAUUGCACACAUGCAGCAACGUAUCCAAAUAGUGUGACUGUUUUUUUUCUUGAUUGUAAGCGUAAUCACACAAUAACAAGUCUUCACCUCUACUAAUGCGAAACACUGUAAGAGAUGUCAGUAAUGUACACGAGAACUCAAUAGCAUGAGCAACUGUCAGUUUCACUGUACUGCCAUUGUAAAACAAUAAAACACUGAUACGGUU